UAACUACUCUACUCCUUUAUUCUUCAGGUUGUUACAGUUAUCUUCUCCUUUUCUCUCUCCUCUCUCCCUCUGAAUGCUUCCCCACCUGAAUUCCCCUCAUCUCCCCCCUCCCUCCUACUCUCUCUUUCUCAAGCCCGCCCCCUGCGCGUCCCCCUAUCUCCCCACUUCUCUCUCUCAGGGCGAGGAGCGUGACGGCGGAGCCAUAGGCGGCGGAUGCGAUCCCCACGGCGGCAGAGGCCGUGGCUAUGGUCGUGGCGGAGAGGCUGGGGACUUCAGGAAGAAGGUGUGGAGCAUGACGGGUUGAGGGGGGCUACUACCGCCCUCCGAGCAGAGAUCUUGGCGCUAGGGAUGAGUAUUGCGGAGAGAACUAGCAAGGAUGAACCCAAUGCAAAAUUGGAAAAUACGAUUCAGGACAAGUUGCAAAGAAUCGCCACAUUGCAGAAUGAGAUAGAGACAAUCCAAAAAAAGGGCGCUUUGGACGCGGAAGAGAAAGCACGGAAGGCCUAUGCUCGAGCUAGCAAGCUUGAGAAGCCGAUUGAGAGACUCAGAAAUGAGUUUAAAUUAAAGAAUAGCUUGAGAAAUGCUUUGGAGGCUCGAGAUAAUGAAGCAGAGAAAAAAGUGCGAGAGUUGACUAUAAAGCUGGAAAGUGGUUGCAUGGUUAAAUUUGAGCUUUGAUCGCCGACGAUCUCCUCCAUGAAGACACGGGAGGGGAAGAAAGGGAGAGAGCACCAUGUAGAACAGUAAACCCAAAUAAGUCGUCAUAGUGGUAAAAGUGUUUCAACUCAACAGCAACUUGAAUCUCAGUUAACAUCUUCAGAUGCCACUGGUAGUCUGGAUAACUAAGUGUGAGAGAGCUACAUGCUUACACUUGAACAAGCACCAUUCUAGCUCAUGAUCGACAGCAUAUCAUACAAGAAGAUAGCAUGUAUUCAAAUAUUUUGGUGGAAAUUGGUUGCAGCGGGAGCUUCUCUAUUCAUCUCAAAGAUCUCACGAUUCACCACAUGAUUACAUCUCCGUAUAAUAUUAGACAGCUAGAAGGAUGUCCAUAUCCUGUGAGGCAACCGAUGCUCCAUUGUACAGAGUUACACAAUAAGGGUAUGUUUGGUUCACCUAUUUUAGAUUAUGGAAUCGGAAUGGAAUUCAUUGAUUCCAAUAGUUGCCGUUUGUUU